AUGCGCACUAACAUCGCGCUCCUCGCUGGCUUCCUAGGCCUGGCCUCCGCCCUCCCCACCGACGCCGAGUCCGUCGAGAAGCGCCAGACCGUCCCGACGAUCUACCUCUGCGGCGACAGCACCACAGCUAAGGGCGGCGGCGGCUCCGGCACCGAAGGCUGGGGCCAGUUCCUGCAGUACUCCUUCUCGACCAGUAAAGCUAAGGUCGACAACCGCGCCAUUGGCGGCCGCAGCGCACGUUCCUACACCCGCGAGGGCCGCUUCGAUACCGUGGCUGGGCUCGUCAAGUCAGGCGACUGGGUCGUCAUUGAGUUUGGUCACAAUGACGGCGGCUCGCUUACGCCUACCGACAACGGACGGACGGAUUGCUUUGGUGAUGGUGCGCAGACUUGCUCGACUACCUACAAUGGUGUUGCCGAGACUGUUCUCACGUACCCUGCGUACCUUAAGAAUGCCGCCAAGAAGUUCAACGCUGCUGGUGCCAAGGCAUGA